AUGACGCCUCCCGCCUCUGCAUCUGCAGGGGCUCGUGGCGACGUCUUCGUCCAGGAGGAUGGCACGCUUCGCUUCUUUGGAACUCCCCUCACUCUCAGAGAGUGGCGCCUGCCCUUGGUGGAAGCUCGCGGCAUUUUGAAGACCUCUGCCGAGACACAGUUUGUCUCGCUUUCUUCGCUAAGCCGCUAUGCGACUCACGACGCUUUUGUGGCCGCCAAGACUGCCGCGGAUGUUGCGAUCCUUGGCGUCGUCUCUGACAUUGGGGCGCAAAGAUCGACGGAAAAGAGCCACCUGUGGUCGUGGACCCUCUGGGACUUGCAAGAGACGAAAAUCAAGCUCCUGCUCCGCGGCGAGGCUCUCUGUCGAACGCUCCAACGAGAAGAUGUAAAAACAGGAAUGCUCCUUGCGGUGCUCAACCCGACCCUUCUUGAACCGAACCCUCAGUACGACAGUCGCUGCGUCGCCGUCGACAAAGCUGACAACGUUCUUCUGAUCGGAGGAGUCAAGGGCGUCAUGCGGUGUGGCGCAAUGACGAAGAAACAGACACCGUGCAGCAUGAUGGUCUACGUCCCCACGAUGGGGGAUUUCUGCCGCUUCCACGUCUCCUCGCGCGCCGCCAAGUCCCAAGACGCUCGCUUGAAGAAUCGACAACUCUCGUCGUCCGUCCCAUCGUCGUGUGCGGCCUCGGCGGCCUCCUUUUCCUCAGCGUCCUCCGCUUCCGCAGCUUCUCAGCAUUCCACAAAGUCGCUUACAGAAACGGCCCGGAAUACGGCGACCCCGGCGCCGGUGGUUGCGCCUCAUCGGCGGCUUCUCCACGGUUCUGGUGUCUUUACACCGGGGCUCGAGAAGGACAGAAAGGCGCCUGGGUCUUGCGAGACCCCGCGACAGCGCGCCGCAGCAGAGGCGCCUUCCGCGUCUCUGUUGAAGCUGAGAGAAGCCUUAGAGACGAAGGAAAAACAGGAGGCGCGAAUUGCGUUGCUGUUGCGUGCCAACCCGGCACUACGAAAGGCCAACCACAAAGUCGCUUUGGACCGCCAACAGCGGGAAGCUGCGCAGGGAGGCGCGAGCGCACUGAAGCCUCUGGCGAGUUCGGCCGCGAGGCCCAACGGUCAGCCGUCUCAGCCCACGGCGGCGUUCUCGGGACUUCGAAAAACUACCCCCCAGACUCCACCUCAUCCGUCAGAGCCUGCCUCUGUCGCCUCGUCCACUGCAUGUCUUUCCUCUUCUCUCUCUUCCUCAGCCUCGCGACUGGUUGCCAAAGCGAAGCGGGAACCGGCUCUCUCGGAGGCGUCGGGUGAGACGGCCUGUCCUCAGGAUGAAGGCAAAGCGCAUGCAGCCUCACAGAGCGAAGCUGGACGCGCUCCGUCUGUGCCCGGCGCGACGACGAAAGCACAUGGAGGCUGUGCGAUCCGAGACGCAGCCAACGUCGCGCGGCAGGCUGAGGGCGACUCAGAGACGCUGAAGAAACCCGCGAGGGAAGGCCGAGAGGUUGGAGGAAUGCUGCAGGAGCAACUGAGUGACGAGCAGAAAAAAGCUCUCGCGGGCUUGUCCAACGAGUUCGUCAGACGCCGCUACUUGCGCCUCUUCUACGAGAUUAAAAAAGACGAACCGUCCACCGCGGGUCUCUUUCGUGACAUCUUUCAGAACACCCCUGGAAAUCGGAGUCUGUUCGACGAGCUCACUUCCGUUCGCGUGGAAAUGAAGACAUACACGCGCCAGGAUUUUCAAGUGAUGGGCCUCGUCGACCUCAUGCCGCCGCUCUGUCUCCAUCCCGACCAGACGAUUGCGGAGCUCGCCCUCACCAUCUGGCGAGCGGCGCAUUUCCGGCUGCAGGCGAAGGUGAACGAGCAGAACUCUUCGUCGACUUCGCCGUCGAGCAGCCUGUCGCCCGACACGCGAAGCCUGCGGGCCGAGGAGGUGAAUCGGCGCCUCGCGGUCGACGUCGCGAACGUGAAGGAGAUCUUCAAACGGCGCCAGAAGGAAGAGAAAAAGCGGCAGCGAGAGAUGGCGAAGGACCGCACAGAAAGCGAGAAACGCAUGCGAAUGAAGGCAAGGGAAGACGCAAGAAACUCCGCGUCGGGCGCGCUGGCGUCCUCGCGCUCCUCAGGCGCGGGUGGAGUUACACUCGAAAGCCGGGACGAACAGCGGGAAAUGCUGCAGGAGAUCAUGCGCGUCAGGUCUACUAUCCAGGAGCAUGUCGACAAGGCCGACUUCGAAGAGGAGCAGCACAUGCUGAAACUGCUGGAGAAGCAGGACGCGCGCGAGGAGUUCAAGCAAAGCAUCAAAGAGAUUCAAAUUGAAGCCUUCUUCUGUCACCAGUGCAACGAAUACUGUGACAAAAUCAAUCCUGUAUGUAGCAAGGCGGGGCACAACAUCGAAAAGAAGAAGGCGAUGAAGCGGUUCUUCCGGUGUCCGGAGUGUACAUACAGCCCGAUCGUCGCAAUCGGCCAUACCCUUCCUGACGGAUGUCCAAAGUGCCGGGUCGCGCUCAAAAAUCUGCUGCUUCCAGCGGUCUCCGCGUAUAAGCCGAAAGCCAUUAAGCCUCUCCAGAACGAAACUCUUACCAUCACCGGAGAUGACGAAGAUCAUCGAUGUCGCUCUCGAUCCGUUAAACCUUCGUGCGUACUAGCCUGCGACGCCGGAUCUGAGGACUGGGGCCACGACGAGGAGAAUGUGCAAGUUGCGGAAAAUGCACUGGAAGCGUGA